CAUAAAACCCCCCAAUAUUCCUCCCUCCCCUUUUCUCCUCAAAUCAAACCUUUUCCCUCUCAUUCUUCCUUCCUUCCUUCCUUCCCUCCAAACCAACUGCAACCAUAAGCAACUCAAUCCUCUCUAUUCAUUAACUGCUCAUUUCACACUGUUUACUUGGUUAGGUGUCAGCACUUUGCAUUCAUUAUAUAUUCAUACUGAAUAGGGUUUUUUUUUUUUUUGUACUCAAGUGUGUGGAGGGAAACCCUGGAUCAGAACCAGGCAAUGGGUGACUCACCAAACUCAGAAACCGAGUCAAGCACUCUUAGCAACAACUCCUCUACUCUGUCUCCACCUUCACCAUGCUCUUAUGGCGGUAACAGGGAAUCGGGAACUGACCCCACCCCCGACUCCAAGAGGCAAAAGCGUCAGAGGGAUAGUAGCAAACAUCCGGUUUACCGUGGGGUGCGAAUGCGGGCAUGGGGCAAAUGGGUAUCCGAAAUCCGAGAGCCCCGUAAGAAGAACCGGAUCUGGUUAGGCACUUUUUCCACUCCCGAAAUGGCCGCACGUGCCCAUGACGUUGCAGCCUUAAGCAUCAAAGGCAACGCCGCCAUUCUCAACUUCCCUGAACUCGCCGAGUCGUUGCCCCGACCAGCCUCCAACUCCCCCCGCGACGUCCAAGCCGCCGCUGCCAAAGCUGCCUCAAUGGACUUCUUAAGUAACAGCAUUAGUAGUAACAACAGCAACGCCACGUCAUCUUCAUCGUUGUCGUCCUCAGCUUCCACGUCGUCAUCGUCGAAUGUGGAUGACGUGCCGACACCGGAGGAGCUGAGCCAGAUAGUGGAGCUGCCAAGUCUAGGGACGAGCUUCGAAUCGGCCGAGUUAGGGAACGAGUUCGUGUACGUGGACGCGGUCGAUGGGUGGUUUUUUAAUCCCAGGGGCAUGCCUUGGUAUUACGAAGAAAACUGUGGGUAUUUUGGGGAAGAGAUUUCAAUGCAAAUUCAAGAAAGUGAGAUGAUCACCGGGUUUGGCCCUUUACUAUGGGAUCACUAAAAACAAAAAAUCAAUAGUAUCUGCCCUUUUUGUUAAAAAUAAAAUACUCAUAUAAUUUUUAUUUGACGAAAUUGCCCCUUUUACAUUUUUUUCCCUAGAUGGAACGGGCAAAAGAAAAGAAAAAAAAUAAAUCUUGCAUGGUUUAGUCCAUUGUGCUUAGAGAUUUAGCAUGGAUAGGUCAAAAUUUCUAGUUUUUUCCCUUCUCAGAGGAAAAGUCAAAUAUAAUGGGGAUUCUUCUUUUCUUUUCUUGUAAUUAUAUUUGGUGAGAUUGACAUGUGUUGUGGAGUAAUUAAAGCUCAUAUGUUCCUGUUUGGGUUCA